UAACACAAAAAGUUCCAGAAAUAAUCAGCUAUUAUGAUUGCAUUAUACGACAUUUUAUGCUUUUAUUAAUCUAUUUUUCCAAACUGAGAACAUUUGUGGAUAAUUUUACCACAGCGGAAUGUAAUUUUGGUUUAUUUUGUGAAAGACGCCGCAUUGCGUUAGGUUUAGCAACGUAAGAGGAACGUUUUCUUUUUUCUUGUUUCCACCGGGUCCUGUUUGAUGCGCACUGUCGAGAUUUUGUUUCCUUAGCAACAAUCCCCGCGAUAGCAACAAUGUAUCACACCUACCAACGAAAGAGACAACGCAACAAUUCAACAUUUUAGUUGGCGGUCUGCUCUCUUUCCCCCAUAGACAGAUAUAGCGAAUCGUUGCCAUAUUGUUUUUCCCCCUACAAAAUGUCUUUUCAGGAAUCAACUCGUCCCUCCGAUGAUGAUGAGGUUUUCUACAUGCAGUGUCGAGCUGCUUAUCUUGCUGUGUUCCGAUCAAGUUUGUCUAAUAUAUCUUCAAAACAGCAGUUGUGUCGGGUUCUCCAGCAGGCUGGUAGGAAUCCGUCCCACGCCACUCUCAAUAAAUACUGGACUUCUAGAACAUCUAAGCUAAACUUUGAUGACUUCUGCGAGAUUCUGAAAUGCGAAAGGAAAACCGAGGAGGCUGAGCUAAUGAGAGCUUUCAGAAAACUAGAUGUAAACUCUGACGGCUACAUCACACACAGCGUACUGGAGAAGGCUCUAACAUCUAGCGGCGAGAAGAUGACAGCGGAGGAGGUGAAUGCUGUUUGUUCAUUGGCAGACAUAAACAAGGAUGGAAAACUGGACUAUGCUGAGUUCUGCAGGCGGCUUGUGUCUACAGCGGAGCAGUGUCAAACGGCUGCUCUGGACAAGCUAGAAGCUGACGCUAAGCUAAAGAGGCAGAACUUUGGCAGCCAGUUGUACAGCCCUCCUAAAAGCUCAGUGGCAUCAGCAUCAUCUGUAUCACCAGCUCAACAUGCGGAAUCAGACUCCACUGUCAAAAAAGACAGCCAGUCCUCCUCUCGUCCUCCUUCCGCUCGCAGCAGACGGUCGUCCCUGUCAAACUCAGUCACAGUGGCAUCCAGCAGCAGUAAGGCAGGCAAAGUUCAGGAACCGUCAGGUUUACAGGAUUGGCAUCACUGCUUUAUGAAAGGCUGCUUCUUUGUGGAUGAUAACGGCAGCAUUAGCUCUCUGCAGUACCACCUUCAUCUUCCUCAGAAAACCAGCAUCUACCUAACCAUCCAGCCGCUGAGCCUCAGCCACAGACCUGGUAAGCCUCCUGCAUGGAUGAAUGUGGACACGGCUGUUUUUGUCAUGACAGCAGGUGAAACCAAAGAGGACUCGGCUUUAGUGUGUUUCACCGAAUCAAAAGACAAAGAAAAGUAUGUUUGGAAAGGAGAACUAAACGCUGGGACUUACCGCCUGCUUCCCUUCACCAGUGGCUGCAGGUUAAAGAAACAAGACAAAACUAACUUUUCGGAUAAAUCUGUCAAACUUGUCUACAAGACCGACACGGGAGAAAUGGACCUCACCAGCGAGCUGAGGGAGGUGCUGUCUGAAAUCUUUGAGAUGAUUGACCUGGAUGGGAAUGGUUUGCUGAGCCUGGAUGAGUACAACCUGUUUGAGCUGAGGACCAGUGGGGAGAAGUGUGACCAGGAUGCCUGGGCCGUGUGCAAAGAAAACUUUGAUAUGAGGAAAAACCAGCUGACCCGGCAGGGUUUUAUGGAGCUGAACCUCAUGGAGGCCACAGAGAAAGAUGGAGACCCCGCAGACCUAUGGGUGACCCUGGAAUCUAUGGGUUACAAUCAUAUGCUGGAGUUAGUAGAGGCAUGUCCAUUCCAAAUAGAUGUGCACUGUGAAGGCACUCAGCCAUCCAUGCAGCCACUUUGCUUGGACUCAGGCACCAAGCUUUUGAACCAAGCCCUCCAGAAGUCCAUCACCUCCAGGUUUGGGGCCAAAGCACUUCGAGGGCAUGACAACGUCUUCAUCUACACCUACAGAGGAGACCACCGGAUUUCCUCCCUCAUAGUCAACAAGGCCAAUCAGAAGGUGACGGUUCAUGUAAACAACGAGCAGAGCAGGAACUGCUGCAGCAGCAGAGGGAUGGCUAUGUUUGCUAUUGAAGUUCCAGCCAGGACCAAAAUGGUGUGCCAACACGUGCUACCCAUUAAUGAAAAGCAGGAAUGGGUCUAUAACUGCGUGGAGACCAGUUUACCCAGCACAUGAAGCUGAAACUGCUGAACAUAUUGCAAUCAUCAGAAGGUUAUACUACAGAAAGACUCUCUGAAGUCUGUGCUGGAAGGUUCUACUUCUGGUAAUCUAUUUCAGUUCUAAAGAUUGUUGUAUUUCAUUUGAAAUUUAGCAAAGUUAAAUGAUAUAUUUUCUCAUGUCAGCUUUUAUCAACUUGUUAUGCAUUGUUUGAGAAAACUGAGAACGUCUUCCUCACUGGUCGCAUUCAUUAGCUCCAUCAGUAAGAAUCAUGCAACCUAUUACAACCACAAGGUAAUAGUUAAUAAAGUUAAUAAAGGACAGUUUUCCUUUUGUUUAUUAAAUUAGUGCAGGCUACUCCAUGUUGGUUGAGUUUUUUUUUUUUAAUUGAAUCCUGAUUUUGACAUUGAUGUUACAGACCAUUCUAUAAACUGUAUAUCAAAUUACCGUAUUGAGAUGAGAAUGAAAGAGGGCCCAACACUGGUGCUGACAUAUAUUUAACUGACAGCAGAUGCCUCUCAUUCAACACUUGGCCUGUAAAUUGACAAUUUUUAAUUUUUUACAGUGAAAUGUGCUCGAAACUGCCUGUAAUUUUCCUGGUGUGGGCGUGUCAGGAUGUGUCGUUUGCAGUGAAAUGCAUUCCUCUGAAGUGCACUCAGAUCUAAACUUUACUUGGCCUCGACCUUUCCAGUGCGAUCCUGACCUCCUAUUUUUGUCUCUUGGGCCAUUAUCUGCCCUUUGACUUUCACUGCUGAAACAGUAGAGCCAGCUGACUUAAAUGUCACAUGGCAUAUGACAUGUAUUUAAUAACCUGAGCCUGUCUGCUCCUCUUUUCCCAACACCCUGUGCACUGCACUGCAGUUUCAGUUGUUUAACCACAGUAAUUGUCUCUCAGUAAAGCAGCCUGUGGCAUUUCAGAGCAAAACAUUCAAAAAUCAAACAGCUGUAAAGACAAAAAACAUGAUCGUCCACCAGGGCAAGGAAAGGAUAAAUCAGAGAAGCAGCCAUUCAUUUUCUUACUUACAUUAUAUCAUAAUACUGUGUGUGGCAGGAAAUUAUCAAUGUACGUCACUCCGAAAAUAACAUUCCCACUGAAAUCAAA